AUGCGCCCCGUCUGCAGGCGCUGCAGCGCCCUUCUUCGACAGGCCCGACGAUUCACGUCCUCUUCCGCCCGACCCUCAAUAUCCAACUCCGCGUCGGCGCUCCUCUCGAAACCGGUGUGGUCCGUCGCGUCCCUUCUCCCGCCUGGUUCGAAAGCCGAUGCCCCCCCGAAUUCUACAGAAGAACCAAUCUCUCGUGUCAAGUUGCAUCACCUCCUCCGUCUAUCCGCCCUCCCACUCCCGGAAUCUGAAGCUGAAGAGUCUGCGAUGCUGCGCACACUACAUUCGCAACUGCACUUUGUGCGCGACGUCCAGAGCGUAGACACAACGGGAGUCGAGCCGUUGCGCUCGCUGCGCGAUGAGACAACUGAAGGUGUCGCAGAGGCGGCAAUUGGACUCCAAGAGUUGCAAGACGCUUUGGGCAAGGAGAUCCGUUUCGGCCAUAAAAAGCGACCUAAGAGACUGCGUGGAGAAAAAGUCGACACCAAGGGCGUUGAAGACUGGGAUCCUCUCAAGACAGCAUCUAGAACGGCUGGGAAGUACUUCAUUGUUCAGAGCAGAAAGGAGGUAUCAUGA